AUGGGGUUGAGAUUGGCCGCUGCCUGGGUUCCCAGCGCCGCAGACGCUCAGGCCAACUUCGCCCCCCACUUCUUCGACAACGGGGUCGACAGCACCAACGGAAACAUGGCUCUGUUCAGCCUCCCGGAAGACACCCCCGUAGGCUCUCAUGUGUACACCCUGAAUGGGACAGACCCGGACGGAGACCUUGUCUCCUACCACAUCAGCUUUGACCCCAGCGCUAGAAGUGUCUUUUCCGUUGACCCCAAUUUUGGAAACGUCACUCUGAUUGAAGAGCUGGACAGAGAGAGGGAGGAUGAGAUUGAAGCCAUCAUUAGCAUUUCCGACGGCCUGAAUCUGGUUGCAGAAAAAGUUGUGAUUCUGGUGACCGAUGCCAAUGACGAGGCACCCAAGUUCAUCCAGGAUCCCUACGUUGUCCAGGUCCCCGAGGACACUCCUGCCGGGAGCAGUAUCCUUAAGGUCCAUGCAGUGGACAAGGACACAGGGUCUGGAGGGAGUGUCACCUACUUCCUGCAGAAUAUGCGCUCCACCAAAUUUGCCAUGGACCGUCACAGCGGUGUGCUGCGCCUCCAGGCUGGGACCACCCUGGACUAUGAGAAGACCCGGGCCCAUUUCAUCACCGUGGUUGCCAAGGAUGGCGGAGGGAGGCUUCGAGGGGCUGACGUGGUGUUCUCGGCCACCACCACGGUCACAGUCAACGUGGAUGACGUGCAGGACAUGGCCCCUGUCUUCGUAGGCACACCCUACUACGGCUAUGUGUACGAGGACACGCUUCCGGGCUCAGAGGUGCUGACGGUGGUGGCCGUGGACGGAGAUAGGGGCAGACCCAACCGCCUUGUCUACAGCCUCGUGAACGGGAGCGAUGGAGCCUUUGAAAUUAAUGAGACGUCUGGAGCCAUCUUUGUCACGCAGAGUCCUGCCCAGCUCCGGAGAGAGGUGUAUGAGCUGCAUGUACAGGUGACUGAGGUCAGCUCUGCAGGGAGCCCAGCUGCCCAGGCCAUGGUCCCAGUCACCGUCAGGAUUGUGGACCUCAACAACCAUCCGCCGACCUUCUACGGAGAAAGUGGACCCCAGAACAGAUUUGAGCUGUCCAUGUACGAGCACCCGCCCCAGGGGGAGAUCCUGCGGGGCCUUAAGAUCACAGUCAAUGACUCAGACCAGGGAGCCAAUGCCAGAUUCAACCUGCGGCUGGUGGGCCCCGGAGGCAUCUUCCGCGUGGUCCCGCAGACAGUCCUGAAUGAAGCCCAGGUCACCGUCAUUGUGGAGAACUCAGCCGCCAUUGACUUUGAAAAGUCCAAAGUGCUAACCUUCAAGCUCCUGGCCGUUGAAGUGAACACCCUGGAGAAGUUCAGCUCCACAGCGGAUGUAGUGAUCCAGCUCCUGGACACCAACGACAACACCCCCAAGUUCACCUCCCACUACUACAUUGCCAGGGUCCCCGAGAAUGCCCCAGGGGGCUCCAACGUGGUGGCCGUCACAGCUGUGGAUCCAGACACAGGACCCUGGGGUGAAGUCAAAUACUCCAUCUAUGGGUCCGGGGCAGACCUCUUCCUGAUCCACCCAUCCACUGGGAUCAUCUACACCCAGCCCUGGGCUACCCUCGACGCUGAGGCCACUGCCAGGUACAACUUCUACGUGAAGGCAGAGGACAUGGAGGGCAGGUACAGCCUGGCUGAGGUCUUCGUCACUCUGCUGGAUGUCAAUGACCACUACCCCCAGUUUGGAAAGAGCUUCCAGGAGAAGACGAUGGUGCUGGGGACCCCGGUGAAAAUUGAGGCCACAGACCAGGAUGCAGAGGAGCCCAACAACCUGGUGGACUAUUCCAUCACCCACGCAGAGCCGGUCAAUGUGUUUGACAUCGAUGCACACACCGGGGAGAUCUGGCUCAAGAACUCCAUCCGCUCCCUGGAUGCCCUGCACAACAUGACACCCCACGGGGACUGCACGUGGUCCCUAGAGGUGCAGGCCAAGGACCGCGGCUCCCCAUCCUUCAGCACCACAGCCCUACUCAAGAUUGACAUCACAGACACUGAGACACUGUCCCGAGGCCCCAUGGCCGCCUUCCUAAUGCAGACCAAAGACAACCCCAUGAAGGCCGUGGGUGUGCUGGCCGGCAUCAUGGCCAUCAUCGUGGCCAUAACCGUUCUCAUCUCCACUGCCACCUUCUGGCGCAACAAGAAGUCCAACAAGGUCCUGCCUGUGCGGCGUGUGCUCCGCAAGCGGCCCAGCCCCACACCCCGCACCGUCCGCAUCCAGUGGCUCAAGUUCGGACGGACCAAGGCCGCUGCCAAGUUCGUGCUCAAAGAGGACAUUCCCAAUGAGAACUGCAACAACAACAGCCUAGGAAGCUCACUGCCCCCGGAAGCCCCAGCUCCCCCUCCACCACCCAGCAUGGCGCCCACCACGGGCACAGCCCACUGGACUGUGCCUACAGUCUCUGGCUCACUCACUCCUCAGCAACCCCAACGGUCACCAAAACCCAAGGCCCCAGGAAGCCCCAUCCAGUCAGCUCUGGUCUCUGAGCUCAGGGAGAAGUUUGAGAAGAAGAAUAUAGAUAAAAAAGCUUACUUUUAAAGCGUGUCCUCUGGCCCCUCUCUCCCCCACCCCAACUGCUCUGCUCCUUGGACCCUGCUCCCCAUCUCUGCUCCUUAGGAUCACCCCUGUUUUGUACAAUGGUGUAAUCCCCAUAUCCAGGGCUGUGACCAGCACCUCGGGCAAGGGAUGUCUCUGGUUAUGGGAGGCAACUGGCGAAUACUUCCCCAUCACCCGGAUUCUCGACACAGCUACCAUGCUUUCCGUUCUGCAGAGGCUGGGAACCGACAAGGGGCCAGCUCUAUGUGUCCUCUAGUCACCAACACCAGACCUCACAGCCCCUUGGGUCCUCCUGGGGCCUCAGCAUCCUUAGUUGAGGAGCAGGGCCCUGGCCACAGGUGACCAGGCUGACUAGAACCUGGAUCCUGAAACCUCCUGCUAAGAGCAGAAGCAGGAAAAGGAGGUUCAGUCCUGGUGAAGUUUGGGGCUCAGUGAACCUUGCAGGCUGGAGGAGAGCGAAUGCAUCAGGGGACGGCAAAGAUGCACUCAAGACUCUCAUUGACUAGGGACCUGUGCCUGAAGGCCACUGGGAAGAUGGAGGAUGGUGUCUGGGCAGAGACUGUGGGCCCCUGCUAUGCUCACCUGGGACCAGGGACACAGAGGUGUAAGAUGGGCCUUUCAGGAGUGAAGGCAGAGCCCCAGCCAGAGCCGCCCUGAGCCUGGAAAGCUGGGGCCACUGUGGUAACCUUAGAGGCAUCCGGAAGAAUGUCAACUCCCCUCUUUAAGGAGCUGCCCCACCAGAAGUCCUUGAAGAGAGUGCAGAGCUGAGAUCUGGAGAGACCCAUUUUUCUCCAGCUCUUCUGCUCACAUGGUGUAACAUUGGAAGGCUGUUUAAACUCCCCGAUUACCCUCUUCCUCGUCUGUAAAAUGGAGAAAGUAAGUCAGUCCUGGCUGCCUCACUCAUAGGUCUUGGGUGAAGAUCAAAAUAAAUAGUGGUGACAAGAACUUUAACCAAGUGCAAAGCAGCACAAACAUAAAGUAUUUUUCAGCAGGCCAA